AUGUCCUCAACUAAUCAUCCCAGACCGAGCAACUCGGCUAGGCAAACGCGACAAAACAUUUCUAUAAGGCAACCAAGUCAGAUUGAUCCAUCCCGGCGCCAUACUAAUAUAGUCCAACGACAACAGUCGGGGGAAAUCAACAAUCCAAGACCACCUCUACCAAACAUACCAAGCAUACCUAGAGUUCAAAAUCCUAUAAUAAGACCACCGCUGCAAGUCACCGCUUCACGGCAUAUAAGCGAGAUCAACUUCAGACAGGCGACUCAAGCUCUUUCUCAUGGUUUAUCCAGUGAGCCCACAAUUCAAAGACAUCAAAAUCAUCACCAGAGGCCAUCGGCUCAGGUUAUCGAUCCUGCCACCUUUUCAACUGAAACCGGUAAUACCUUGUUCCCUUUACCAGAUCAAGGUUCAAUGAAACAAAAACAUUUGCAUGAUAAAUCCAGUCGUAAAAUUCUGUUUGCAAAAAAUAAGAAAGCUUCUACGGAACAAUCGACAUUACUAGAAAUAUUAAAAUGUAUUUCUGAGAAUCUUGAAAAUGAUUAUAACAGUCAAAUCCGAGAAUUAGAAAACCUAUUAAAAAGUAAUUCUAAGGAAGUGACCUAUCAUCGAUUGGUCAAUUAUGACUUGCUCAACAAGUUGUCCGCAUCCCUCACCGAUGAUUCCAAACGAGCUAUCUUUGUAAAUGUCUUCAUUAAGCCCUUAGUGAUCAGUGAUGAUGAUCCAAAAAGAUCACCGUUCGGAAAAUUGAUAGAAUCCGUUGUGGAAGAACUCGAGAAUCAUGUGAUAUAUCCGGAAGCACCACGACCAACAAAAGAUCAUUUAAAACCAAUAAUCGAACAUAAAUUGAGAAUUAAAUUUGUUUCAAUGGAUUCCAAUGAAAAGUUUGUAGAAAAGGUCAAACCUUACACAUGUUUUAAUGAGUUCGUGACGAGACUAGAGCGAUUAAUUAAUCGCACCGAAUCUCGCAAUCCUGGUACGGAUCGUCGUCGUGAUAUUUCCACUUCUUUCGAAAGUCAUAUUUCGUCGCUGGCAAGGAGACAGAUAUUUAUUAGUUCCUCUGAUUUGUUCAUCGAUGAACCAGAUUUGUUUGCUGAUAUGCCACAUCGCACUGAGAUCGGUGGACCUCCUCAGCGUAUUCGUCUCUCAACAGUUCUCACAUCGAUGCAAAUUGACGAAGAGCGUGAGUCUGAUGUCGAAGAUGGAUCGGAAAAUUCAUCGAUUUCGUUGAUUCAACGUCGUCUCGCUCAAUCCACAUCCGUUUCACAAAACCAAGAGAGUCGCAAUAAUAACGGUGCGAAUGAAUAUGGUAGCGAAGGAAAUGAAUCCGCAUCAGAAGAAGGUGAAUCAAUAGUGUCAUUUCAGUCGUCUUCUGUCAACCCCCAGAUUAGUUCCACGGGUCCCACUAACAUAGAUAAUAUCGGGGCAGUUGAGCAGAGCGAAGAAGAAUUAGAGAACACCACCCACGCAUCAUCAUCAGCGCAACCUGAUUGGCAUAUGGAAUUUUAUAUGGAUGGCGAAUGUUUGAAUUCAGAAUUUACAAUUUAUUCUGCGAUAUACAGACACUUACUUAGAAAACAACAGGAAAGAUUAACUCCGGAGUUCUGGAACGGUGAGUUCUUGAGUAGUGAGUACGAAGUACAAUUCAAAAAGGUGAAAUCCACAACUCUUCCAUCCCAGGCUCAAAACACUUCUGAUGAGUUGGAGAUUGCGGAUGCAGCCAAGGAUAUCCUAAAAUUCAUGGAUCGAUUGCAUUUACUGUACGAGGAAACAGUUUCUGCUAGCAAGUAUGAUCCAAGGUUGUUCCUUUGUCAGGCCGUUGACAAGCUGAUUGUACCCCUCCUUAGAGAUCCGUUAUCAGUUUUGACAAAGACUUUUCCCGAUUUUCAUCUCAAAAUUUGCACGCGCUAUCGGUUUUUGAUGAGCGCCAAGAGGAGACAUGAAUUCUUCUUGGCAAAGACAUUUGGAUUACGCGACUUCAAGAAAUUUGACUUGAGCGAUGAAGAAAAGCGAUUGAUUAGUCCCGUGGUACCCGAGCAAAAACGGGUAUCGGGUUUGUCAAAACCGGAUUUGUUUAGAUGGUUUUGCAAGAACUUUCCGCAAUUCGCAACCACCGAGUCAAUUCUCAAGGUCACCUUCACCGGGGAACGUGGCGUCGGCGAAGGUGUGGCACGUGAAUUUUAUGCGGUCAUGUCUCUCGAGUUCUCUCAGGUUUCCAGAAAAAUGUGGUUACAUGAUUCAGAGGCAGGAUCGGAAGACAUAUGGAUAAAGAAUAUUAACGGACUGUAUCCAGCACUGAUGGAUGAAAAGAUGGCGGAGAAUGAAGAGGGAAAGGAAAUUUUACUCAACUUCCGACUUUUGGGUCAGUUUGUGGCGAAGGCUAUCGUAGACGGUCGAGUGGUAGAUUUGCCCUUCAACAAAAUCUUUGUGGACCUUUUAUUGCACCCAAACUAUGUGUAUAAGAGCCUUAAUACCGAUAACCACGAUUUAUCAGCAAUGGUUGAAGCGAUUCAAUCGGUUUACCCGUCCUUUGGAAAGACCCUGCAAAAUCUGUACGCGAAUCCGGAACUUGUUGGUAAUUCAUGCAUACCGUAUGAUAUUCCUGUCGGUCGCCCAACCAAAUCUGAGAUUGAACAUGGAAGUGAUAUUCAAUUUGUGACGGGUCAAAACAUAAAUGAGUACAUUUUAGCUUGUAAGGAUUGGAUUUUUGAUCGUGGUGUUCAUAGACAAAUUGAAGCUUUCAAGGAUGGAUUUAAUCGAGUGUUUUCCUUCGAAUCUUUGCGUGAAUACUCAUCGAUAGAGUUUGCUCAAUUGAUUCUGUUUCAGGUGGAUGAGGAUUGGAGCAUCGAGACCGUGCGCAAACAUGUCAAGCUCUUGGAUGCUUCGAGUGCCAACGAAGUUGAUAAAGUUAUUCAGAUCAUGUCAAAAUUUGAUAGCGAAGAUAAAAAACGAUUCUUGAGAUUCGUCACCGGUAGUCCGAAACUGCCAAUUGGAGGAUUUCAAGCACUGGAAUUCAAGAUCUCCACGAGAGAGAAAAAUUCGUAUCCACAAGGACGAACUUGCUUCAAUACAUUUAUGGUUCCACGCGACAAUCCCGAAGAAGAGUUGACACAGAAGAUUAAAUUGGUGAUUGAAAAAUGUAAUGAUGAAAUUGAUCGUGAUUGA